AUGAAUUAUGUUUUAACUCUAAAUAAGGACGUAGUACUCCUGGGAGACCUCAACUGUGACAUGCUCAAAAACGAUCGUCAUUCUACAGCUUUGGGCGAAUUCUGUGUUAAUUAUAACUUAAAGCAAAUCAUAGACAAAUCGACGCGUGUAACUGAGAACAGUAAAACGUUAAUUGAUGUCAUCAUCCUGUCAAAUCCUAGUAUGGUUAAAGAAAGUGAUACAUUUGACUUAAUUAUAAGUGAUCAUUACUUUAUACACGUGAACCGUAAUUUGAGAAGGCCUAAACAAGGGAAGUCCUACAUCCAGGUACGCAGCUAUAAAAACUAUAAUAGCUCACGAUUUGCGCAAGAUAUCGGUAAAAUACGUUGGCAUAUUUUGGAUAUAUUUGAUAAUACUGAAGAGAAAGUAGAAACCUUUAACAAUUUAUUCUCGUCAGUAUUAGACUCUCACGCUCCAUUAAGAACUGUUAAAAUCUCUGCGAAACCAAUUCCCCUUAUGACUCCGGAAAUUAAAGACUUGAUGAUCGCGCGUGACCGAAGUCAUAGAAAAGCGAGAAGAUCUGGUGUUGAAAGGGAUUGGUCCGAGUUUAAAGAAAAGAGAAGAAUAACAAAGCAACAACUAAGAGCUCGAGAAGCAGAGAUUGCAUAUAUCCAAGAACAAAUAAAAUCAAGUAAAGGAGAUAAUAACUGCAUUUGGAAAACUAUACGUCAUUGUUUGCCAUCUGCAGAUUCAAAUAGACCCGCAUACGCCAAAGAUGCCACUGUAGUUGUGGAAGAAUUCAACGACUUCCUUACAACCGUGGGAAUGAAGAGUGCCCAAUUAGCUAAAGAUAUAGCACAGAAAUUUGAAUUGCCACCCGUUAUUGAAACCUUGGCUUUGACUACAGCGACAGUGGAUGACAAUAUGUUUCAACUCAGACAAGUGACAACAGAAGAAGUGAGUGACAUUAUCACCAUGAUGCCCUCCAAUAAAGCUCCUGGAAACGAUACAGUCCAUUUAAGAGUUCUCAAGGAUUGUUUAUCUUCUGUUGUUCAACUGAUAACGUAAAUAAAAAUUCUCAAAGGAAUAUUUCCCAGUCAAUGGAAAAUAUCUGAAAUUACUCCUAUUCCAAAGAAUGAUGAUUAUGAAGAAGCCGAGAAUAAUCGCCCAAUUUCCUUGUUGCCUGUCUUAUCUAAAGAUUGCGAGCGAGUAGUCCAUAAUCAAUUUACAAAUUAUCUUAUCCAAAACGAAAGAUUCCCAACUAACCAAAGUGGAAAUAGAAAACAACAUUCAACCGAAACAUUGGGACUUGCAGUAUCUGAUUACAUCUUGGACACCAUGGACAGAAAACAAAUAACUGCAAUGGUCCUACUUGAUUUCACCAAAGCAUUCGACAGUAUAAGCCAUUCAUUAUUGUUGAAGAAAUUGCAAAACUUUGGUGUUUCACCGAAUGCCUUACGUUGGUUUGCAAGUUACCUUUUUCAACGUAAGCAACAAGUCCGAAUUGGCAAAACCCUCUCAUCUUCCAGGAGCGUGACCCAUGGUGUGUCGCAGGGCUCUAUCUUGGGACCACUAUUGUUGAAUUUAUAUAUCUAUGACCUUCCCAAUGCCUGCACUGGAUCCGAGAUUUACUCUUUUGCGGAUGAUACGACACUCUAG